AAAUUAUACAAUGAGAGUACCAACCAUGCCAAAAGACUGUUUUCCACACUCUCCCAUCUUUAAUUUCUUCUCAUAGAUUUUUUCUUUUCUAGUUUUCUUCAAGUAUGAACUCAACAACACGGUUGUUAUAAUAUUCUUAUUAUAAUACACACUCUUCUCAAUUUCGCCAUUGUAGCUUGUACAUGAUCUCUCUUACGUCAAAGCACAAAAGAGGGAGCCGAGAUAUAAAAAUGAGAAUGUCAAGAGUUCUUUUUAUUUUGAUACUAAUUCAUUUUUACUUCAUCUCCAUUGCAAUUUGCCAACUAAAUUUCAUAGCUCAUUCAUGCAUAGACACUUAUGGUAACUAUACAAACAAUAGCACAUACCACGCCAAUCUCAACACCUUCUUCACUUCGAUAUCAUCCAACACUCAAAUAAAUUCGCGCUACUAUAACUUUUCAGUUGGCAAGGUCCCUGAUCGAGUAUAUGGGGACGCGCUAUGUGGAAGUGAUAUGUCCUUCCAAGAUUGUUAUACAUGCCUCAAUAACUCAGUAACUCUGCUUCCACAGCUCUGCCCUAUGCAAAAGGAAGCUUCUGGGUGGUACGACAAUUGUAUGCUACGCUAUGCAACUCGUUCAUCUGCAUUAUCGAGCAUGAGCACAAGACAACAUGCCUACUAUUUAAAAUUCCCGGCUAGUGCUGAUAAUAACGCUAAAGACUUUGAUGAGGUGCUAGGAUCACUAUUGAACAAGAUUCAAAAUGAAGCUGCUUCGGGUGAUUCUAAACUUAAGUAUGCAACCGGAAGUGGUACUUAUGGAAGCUUGAAGAAUGUUUAUGCAGCUGCUCAAUGUUCUCCGGAUUUGUCAUAUCGAAUCUGUUUUAAUUGUCUUGGUGACUGUAUUAAUAAUGUGCUUCCUUUUUGUUGCAAUAAUAGCUCAGGAGCACGGGUUGUUGGAUCUAAUUGCGAAAUAAGAUACGAGCAGUAUCUGUUUUACACCAUUACUAGUCCUCCUCCUCCACCGUCGACAGCACCAUCUCCUCCACCAUCAGGAAAUGGAAGCAACAUGGCAAUAACCGCCGCACUUAUCAUAGUUCCAAUGGUUGUAUUAAUUGCUGUUGCAGUAGGCUUCAUUUACUUGUAUCGAAGAAGAAAGACAAGGAAAAAUGUUGAAAGUUUAAAUGAUGAAAAUGAUGAUGAAACCAGAAGUUAUAUGUCUCUACAAUAUAGUUUUGACACCAUUAGAGUGGCAACAGAUAACUUCUCAGAUGCUAAUAAACUUGGUCGAGGUGGAUUUGGUUUUGUUUAUAAGGGAAAGUUAUCAAAUGGACAAGAAAUCGCUGUGAAGAGACUGUCAAGGGAUUCUGGACAAGGUGAUGGCGAGUUUAAAACUGAAGUUUUGUUAGUGGCUAAGCUUCAGCACAGGAAUCUUGUCAGGCUUCUUGGCUUCUGCUUAGAAAAGGAAGAAAGAUUACUCAUAUAUGAGUUUGUUCCCAAUACUAGCCUUGAUCACUUCUUGUUUGAUUUAAGUAUGCGAUCUGUUUUAGAUUGGCAAACUCGGUACAAGAUUAUGAUUGGCAUAGCUCGAGGAAUCCUUUACCUUCAUGAAGAUUCUCGACUACGAAUCAUCCAUCGUGACCUUAAAGCCAGCAAUAUUCUUUUAGAUGCAGAUAUGACUCCCAAGAUUGCAGAUUUUGGUAUGGCAAGGUUAUUUGGAGUUGACCAAACACAGGGGGAUACCAGCAGAAUCGUCGGUACCUAUGGAUAUAUGGCACCAGAAUAUGUAUUCCAUGGAUUCUUCUCUGUAAAAUCAGAUGUCUACAGCUUUGGCGUACUAGUCCUAGAAGUUAUUACAGGUCGAAAGAAUUCUGGUUUUCAAAAAGGGGAAUACACAGAGGACCUAUUAAGCUUUGUAUGGAGAAAUUGGAGAGAAGGUACAGCAAUAUCUGUCAUUGAUCCAAUAUUAUCAACGGCGUCUAAAACUGAUAUAAUUAGAUGCAUACACAUGGGCUUGUUAUGUGUUCAAGAAAGUGUCGAUGACCGCCCAACCAUGUCUUCUGUCGUGUUGAUGCUUAGUAGCAGCUCGCUCUCUUUGCCGGUGCCUUCUCAUCCUUCAUUCAUCAGUGUUAAUGCGACUAUGGACACUAACUCUGAUAAUCAUAAGGAAAGACAAUUACUGAGUUCGUCUACAAAUGAGGAUUCGAUUACUGAUCUCCAUCCACGUAUCCUGGCUCCGCCACUGUCAUCCAACACUCGAUUCAACUCCCGCUUCUAUAAUUUCUCAAUCGGCGAGGAACCUGACCAAGUUAAUGGGAUCGCGCUAUGUGGAGGUGAUGUAGCGUUCCAAGAUUGCCAUAGAUGUCUCAACAACUCAAUUACUAUGCUUCCACGGCUCUGCCCAACACAAAAGGAAGCCAUUGGGUGGUACGACGAUUGUAUGAUACGUUAUGCAAAUCGGACAAUAUUGGGAAGCCUUGAAGAACAACCUUCAUUAACGUUAAUGAGUACGCAUAAGGUGACUAAUAACGUCAACCAGUUUAAUCAAGUGCUAGGAACAUUAUUGAAUAAGCUUCGAAAUGAUGCUUCUAAGGGUGAUUCUCAACUUAAGUUUGCAACUGGAAAUGAUACUUACGGCAGCUUUGGGAGCAUUUAUGCGCUUGCUCAAUGUUCUCCAGAUUUGUCGCAACGAAACUGCUUUAAUUGUAUUGGAGAUUUUAUUAGUAAAAUGAUACCUAGUGGCUCAACUAACAACACAGGAGCACAGAUUCUUGGACCGAGUUGCAAGUUAAGAUACGAGGAUUAUUUGUUUUACAAUGAUGACAUGCGUAGUCCAUCAUCUCCUCCAUCGUCUACUCCUCCAUCAGGUAAUGGAAGCAAUAAUACGGCAUUAAUUGCCAUCCUAAUCGUAGUUCCAACAGUUGUAGUCAUUGCUCUUGCAAUUGGAUUCAUUUUCUUGUGUAGAAGAAGAAAGACAAAGAAAAAGUUUGAAAGCUCAAUCGCUUCCUAUUCUCUUCCUCAAGAAAAAAAUGAUGAAAGUAGAAUUUUAGUGUCUUUGGAAUUUGGUCUCGACACCAUUAGAUUGGCAACAGACAACUUCUCAGACGCUAACAAACUUGGUCGAGGUGGAUUCGGUAUCGUUUACAAGGGAAAAUUAUCAAAUGGACAAGAAAUCGCGGUAAAGAGACUCUCAAGGGAUUCUGGACAAGGUGACAGUGAGUUUAAGACUGAAGUUUUGUUAGUGGCUAAGCUUCAACACAGGAAUCUUGUUAGGCUCCUCGGAUUUUGCUUAGAAGAAGAAGAAAGAAUACUCAUUUAUGAGUUUGUUCUCAACACUAGUCUCGAUCACUUCUUGUUUGAUGUAAACAAGAGAGUAUAUUUAGAUGUGGAAAAGCGGUACAAGAUUAUAACAGGCAUAGCUCGAGGACUCCUUUACCUUCAUGAAGAUUCUAGACUACGAAUCAUCCAUCGUGACCUUAAAGCAAGCAACAUACUUCUGGACGCUGAUAUGAAUCCCAAGAUUGCCGAUUUUGGCAUGGCAAGAUUGUUUGGUGUUGAUCAAACCCAAGGGGAUACCAAUAGAAUCGUCGGUACCUAUGGAUAUAUGGCUCCAGAAUACGCAUUUUAUGGAUUCUUCUCUGUAAAGUCAGAUGUCUACAGUUUCGGCAUACUAGUUCUAGAAAUCAUUACAGGUCGAAAGAACUCUGGUUUUCAUAAUGAGGAAUACACCGAAGAUCUAUUAAGCUUUGUAUGGAGAAAUUGGAGAGAAAAUACGGCGAUAUCUAUCAUAGAUCCAACAUUAUCAACAGCAUCAAGAACUGAUAUGAUAAGAUGUAUACACAUUGGCUUGUUAUGUGUUCAAGAAAGUGUCGAGGAUCGACCAACUAUGUCUUCUGUCGUGUUGAUGCUCAGUAGCCGAUCUUUAUCUCUUUCAGUUCCUUCUCAUCCUCCAUUAGUCAGUGUUACUACCUCUGAGUAUUCUAAGGAGAGAAUUCUAGGGUGUUUGUCAGAAAAUGAGGACUCGAUCACUUCUCUCAAUCCACGAUAAGAUAUUAAAGAUGCAAUAAAUAGAUUGAUUGUUAGGCUCGCACGCAAUUGUUUGAUGUCUCUCUUGUUCGGAGAGCAAUUUUUGGCUCUUAAGAUGUGCACGUAUGUAACCCGUGAGAAACUGAUUUUGGUGUCUAUCUAAAAAUCUUUUUAUUUGUUUUAUAUAUGUAGCCUUAAAC